AUGAAAAGAAUUUCGCUGGCAUCCAUUUGUUUUCUGGUUGUUACUUGCAUACUUCUACAGUGUCUCCCUCGUGACCAGUGCCUUGCUCACUAUGGCAGCGACUCAGAUGGGUCAAACGCGCGGCCGUCUGGAGGGGCUGACUGGGCGACACGGACGCCAGCUCCCGCUGUAGGGGACUAUGGCGAGUUGACGGGCAGUGUUUCUCGGACGCAGACUAAACGUGUGUAUGGCGCUGGACUGUGGCCCAGGGUACGCUCCCUGGCAGUGUCGCGAUUCCCUGGUGCAGAAGAGGAGCAGUGGGAGGGGGCAUACGCGCGUGGUGACCUUCCCCCUUCACAGGUCGGAGACGUUCUGACGCAGAGGAAAGGUAGAACGGGAAGGUCGAGAGUUCAUCAGCGUGUCGUAGUGACUCCAGAACCACAUUCCUGGAAUCACAGGGUUACUAUCGCUAAGGGACAGGCUGUUAUACCCGUCGGCUUUGAAGGUAGCUUCGUUGAGAGUCCGUCCUUGCUUGCCACUCCUACGAAUCUUGGCGCGCCGGUUGACCUCCAGGGGCAGCAGGAUAUGAGCUCACAUGUCGUGAAUCGACUUCCCGCAGUUGCAGGAUUACCACCUGCCGAGCGAGCGGCGGCAGCCGAUUUGCAGAGAAGGUUCAGACAAGGCCUCCGUCUGACGGUUGACUCUACGUUCAGCGGAGAAUCUUUCGAACUGACAGGGCCGGUAGAAUUCCUGGGAAUGGGGUCAACGGGGAUUGUGUUUCGUUUGUCACAGACGAAAGCGGGCGCGGCAAGUUUGCCAAACCGGGUGGCAGUGGCAGCUAAGAUAACCGUCAUGAGGUUACAACGACAAACAGGUCUUUCCGCAUCUCAGAUAAAAAAGUUCCAGGAGGAAAUGCAAGAACGCAUUAUCCGGGAUGAGAGCUCAAUGAGAACUGCUCUACCACACGUGAACCCGGAAACGGCUCUACAACACGGACUUCUUUUUCCACAUGAUGUUGGCCGUGUUUCCAACAUGCCCAUCGAGGUUCUUGCAGGCAAUGCGUAUGCUGUCUAUCCCGUUGUUUCUGUAUCUCCUGCCUUUACUUGCGACCUCCAACAGCUUGUCGGUGGGCAAGACCUUUCACUUUCGGCAAAGUUCUAUCUCACGCGGCAGCUGGUGAAGAGUGUUGCAUGGCUACAUCGUCACGGCGUUGCUCACAAUGAUUUGAAGCUUGAGAAUGUCCUUAUCAGCAGUGCAGGACAGCCUGUCCUCACAGAUUUUGGCUUCGCAGGAGCAAUCGGAACCGCAAAAAGAAUACAGUUCACGGCUUUGUAUUUAGACCCGCAGACCGCAGAGGCGUCGGUUCAACGACAACCGGAAGUAAUGAUAACUGCAGCACGAGAUUCAUGGGCGUUGGGAACUCUCUUGUUUAUGCUCUGGUGUCGAUCGCUACCGCACGCUUCGCCGUACCAAGCCAGCCUGCCCGAUCGUGCAUAUCUGGAAUUCAUGGUGACACAGGCGAAGACCCACAGACUGCAACCUAACUUUGUCGAGUGUGGGGACCUCCCAGCUGCGGUCAGGGAACUCAUUAGCGGAUUUCUACAGUGGAACCAUGAAGAUCGACGUCUUCCCGGUGAUGUUGUGGAGGCGUUCCUGGAAGCUACACACAACGGUGGUGGCGAGAGGUCUCGUCGGUGA